AUGUCGUCAAAACACCGGCUCACACGUUCCUUCCGAACCCUGUCGGCGCUGCUAUAUAUUGGAAAUGCAGCAGUCGCCUUCAAAUUUGCAAUUCAACCGCAUUAUCUACAUGUUCUUGUGGGAAUCAUAGUUGGCUUUGUCUGCCUCGGAAUGCUAUGUGUCUCUGUAGAAGCUCCCCGAAUUUUGGUCUCCCGUAUAGAAGCAUCUACCUUUGGCCAGCUGCUGUUCACCUUUCGAGGACGCUAUAUGGUGGAUCUUUUGGUAGCUCUGUUAUUGUUUGCAAUGGGCCCAUGGGGGAUUUUGCUCGGAAUCUUCACCUUGCUUUUGAUCUUUGGGAUCCGGUUUCUGGGCGUCAAACAACCUGACGCCUUUAAUGAAAUCUUUCGACAAUCGGAUAUUGAAUCCCAGUCAGAGUAUACGCUGGAGAGUGAAUACGAGCCCUCUCAACAGACUAGAUAA